CACAUCAGUCGUCAUAUAACAUCCGAUAUAUACAUAUCUAUAUAAUUAUUCCUGGGCUUGUGGCACAUCAGUCAUCAUAUGACAACUGAUAUACAUACAUACAUAUGAUAUCCUCAUCUGAUAUCGUUAUUCUACUUCACAAUUCGAGGAUUCGGUCAUUCUCUGAUAAAUGUAGUUUUGAGUUCAAUCAUUGUUACAUACUUUCAGUCAUCUUUUCAUUGAAUCUGUCAUUUUCAUAGUCAUUCGACCAUUCUUAUCAGUCAUUUUCUCAAACUAUAUAAAUCCACUGUUUCAAUGUUUUCUUCACAAUAUCUUGAACUCUACUAAGAUGUCGACGGAAGCGAGCACUAGCAACUCAAGCUCAACAAUUUUACAAAGUUGGGUUUUAGACGCAAAUCUACAAUUUAACGUAUGCUCGUAUAGUUUGGGUGGAAUCUAUGGCGAUUUCACUAGGAACGGGUUUUCUUACAAGCUACAAAAGAACUUUGCUACGCAUUAUUUCAUGAGUAGGAACCUCUACAGAAAACUGAAAUCCGCAGUUGAUACAAUAGAUGGAUGGAUGGAGACAAAAACGUAUUCAAAAACGAUCGUUUUGGCUAAGAACAAUCUUCUAUCGAUUAAUCCUGAUUUCGUCCACUUGAUUUUCCUGGACAAAAAUAGAAAAGUUGACGAAUUCAAGCUGCUCGAGAUCGGCUUUGAUGAAUGGAAGAAAUUGAUUGGUUACAUUCCCGAAAUCGAUCAACACCUAAGUAUGAAACGUUCUUCAGAAAAUGAUGACGGGAAGAUAAAAUGUUUCAGACUUUGCACGACUAAUGAAGAUGGUACAAUAGAGUACGGUGAAUGGACGACGGCUUUCGAUAAAGCCAUAGCUAGUAUCGAUUUAAAACUAGCUAUGGGCUCCGAUGGUUCAUCCAUGAUGAUAGAGGAUCAUAGUUUCAUCCCUUUACAAGAGGAAGAAAUGGUCAAGUACGCGUAUUGGUUUCUACUAGCUUGUGAGAAAUCCCGUAAACCAACGUGUAGAUAUUGCGUCGCCGGGAUCAACCCACCCAAUCUUCUGGAACAUGACUGCAUGGAUGAUGGAUCCUAUAUCAAUGUAGGCGCAGUUAUCAAUAUUGAAAUUGAACGUGUCGCCUUUCGGUUGGCUGCUUUUUUCAAUAUGACAAUAGUGGGGGACAAAUAUCAUCAGUUGAUUGAGAAUGUGACAUCUAAAAAUUGGGAUGAUGAUGAUAUAACCCCAUCAACACCCACGGAGGAAAUGAUAAGGAACAUUUUAAAGACUAUUUGGUAGACUCUAUGCUGUUGUUGAAUAACUAUAUUUUAAUGACUCUGGUUACAUUAAGAAUCACUUGUCCAUAAAAUGUCCAGUUUUUAAAUACCCGGCAAGUCAUUCAAUAGGUUAUGAAAUUCCUGAUCAAUUCUAUCACUACAUCCCGCUGCUGCUACUGCUUGAACAUCAUCUGAAUCAAAAAUAACGAUAGAUUAGAUUUAUAAAUAUUAAUCUAUAUUAUUACACAUUAUUAUAAUAUAUUUAGAGUAACGUUACUUUUUUUAUGUUUGAUCAAAUAUCAGGCUAUAAGUUAACUGACUAACCAUCUUUAUCUAGAUCGAAGGAAUUCACCGUACUUUCAAUUUCCUUCAUUGAUGGAUUAUUACCUUCAAAACAAAUGUACUGUUGUCGUAAUAAGAUUAAAAAGAAUAUGCAUUUAUGAUUAGUAAAACAAUAAAUGAAUAAAAUAUGACUUAGUAAUUAGAUACAUGAAUUGUUUAUUUGUUUGUUAUUUAAUUGGUUCUUAAAAUUCCAAUGUUAAACUUUAAACAUUAAUUGUGACAUACUGUCACUUUAAAAAUGAAUUGAUCUUACUAUUUUCUUGUGAUGAUGAUGAUUGUUUUGUCUUUUUCUCAUCUUUUCCCUCUUAAAAAUAAUUUGAUAUGGUUUUAUGUAUCUGAUUACCAAUCAUUGGCUUUUAUAAUCAACAUUUCCAAACUUAUAUUAAUUAGACAGUGUCGGACCAAAUAAACAAAUUCAAUAGCCUGUUCCACAAUUUGAUUAGUACUUACCACUUAUUCCACUCAACCUUUUCCCUUUAAGUUUUCCUUCAAAAAAUCAAAUAUGACAAAUGUAUUAGUUGUUUGUGUGUUGAUCAGUUUGCAUGCGCACAUUCAUAGUGUGUUUUUUCUCAUAUUUUACUAUUUUUAAAUCUUGGGAGCAUCUCAGGAGUUCAAUGUCAGAUAAUUAACUGUAUUUGAAUAGUUAAUGUGUAACCCUUCCCCUCUUUACCUCAUAAAUGUGAUAUGCGUUUUUCGACGGUUACACUAUAUGUACAACUCAGUUAAUUUUUAUAAAUAUUCAAAGUCAUGAAAGCUUACUUUUAAGGUUAGCGACCCCCUCUCCACCCCUAACUAUUCAAAUACAGUUAAUUAUCUGACAUUGAUCUUUUGGAAUGCUCCCUUAUCGGCGUGUGUUGAUAUCAAACAUCAAACUAUUUUGAUAUUGUAAAAUUUAGCGCAAACUUUGCACUGAACAAUUUCUUCGAUCUCUUAUCAGAGAAUUAUAUCAUUGAAAUAAUUUACUUACCAUGUACAGUUUUUAUAUGCACAGUUAUGUUAUGAUUUCUUUUGAAGGUUUUGUCACAUAUUCUGCAUUUGUGAACCUUUUUUGCGUGAGAUGAUAAUGUAUGAGCGAUUAAACUGUUUCUUAUGUUAUAAAAUUUAGCGCUAACUUUACAUUGAAAUAACUUUUCUAUUCUAUGAACUCUAUAUUUGUGUGUUUUAAGUUUUAAAUUUGUUGUAUAUUUCAGAUUACGUAAAUCACAUUCCUGAUCAUUAUCCAUGUUGCAUUUUGGUAAGCUGACUGACGGUGAAUGAAACAAGGGCAAAAGUUUAACUCUUGUUAUAUACACUUGAUCACACUACACUGAAUUAACUGUAAUUUAAGUAUUAAAUUAUAACAAUCAGUAAAUAUCAAUUAUAAACAACAACAACGCCAAGUGUAUACUCUUCUUGGAUUUAUUCCCUUGAACAAUUUACAUGUAAUUUGACAGUUCUUGGACUCACUCCAACCUGGACAACAUUCUUGGUUUCUUUCUGAAAAUAUAUAAAUAAAUCAAAAAAUUUAGCAUUAAUGUCAAGCUUUUAAUUUAAUUUAUAUUUGUAAAUGGUAUUUAA